CGAAUCGCUGAAGUUAGUAUUUCUCGCGUUUGAAUCGCUUAAGCAUCAAAGUUCGGCUGAUCAACUCAUUUCGGCUUAUUUUCAUUCGUUCUUACUCCGCGUUGCAUAUCAGUGAUAAAAUGUCCAAAUUGGUAUUGUAUUACGACGAUGUCAGCCCGCCAGUACGCAGUUGCAUGAUGCUGAUCAAAUUGUUGGAGUUGGAUGUGGAAUAUAAAUAUGUAGAUUUGUUUAAGGGCGGUCAAUUGGAAAAGUCAUUCUUAGAGCUGAAUCCGAAUCACACAGUGCCCACUUUGGUUCAUGAUAAUCUGGUUAUCACCGACAGCCAUAUUAUUCUUACGCACCUUUGUGAGAAAUUCGAGAAGAAUAGUAAAGACGAAAAAUUAUGGCCCUUAUCAUAUGAGGAGCGCAUACGUGUGUGGAAUAUGCUCUUUUUCGAGGGCACGGUGCUCUUCCGAAGAGAUAGUGAGUUUUUGUCCGGUAUAGUGCGUGGUGGUUUUGCGAGCGUCGACUUAACUUUGCACGAACGCAAAUUGUUGGAGGCGUACAAUAUGAUGGAGACGUAUUUGCGACGGCACAAAUAUAUGGCGGGUGAUCACAUGACAAUUGCCGAUAUCUCCAUCGUGACCACAUUGAGUACGGUGAAUCUAAUGUUUCCGAUUGCUGCUGGCGCCGCAGAUAGAUGGCCUCUAUUGAACGAUUGGUUUGGGCGCAUGCAAGCACUGCCGGUAUAUGACAUUAAUCAGACGGGACUGGAAAAACUUUGUGUUGUCAUCGAACGAUUUGGUAAAUUUAAAUUUCCGAAUAGCGUAAGUGCGGCGCCGGAGGAGAAGCAGCAACGCGAAGAAGCCGCUAGUGAAGAGGCAAACGCUGAGAGCCAAGCGAAAGCUGCUGAAAAGUAGUAAACAAAUUUUUGCAUAGAAGAACUGUAAACAAAUAUAUUUAAAUACAUAUAUACAUACAUAUAUUGUGAAUUAAAUUUUUAAAUACCUACUUACAAGAA